CAUCUUUGACUUGCCGAUCAUCUGGUCGCAAGUCAAAACAUGGAAUUUCACGAGCAAGUGCAAGUGUAUUGUUGGCCUUGACAGGUGAUAAUAAUUUGUGGCGGUCCGGCUAUGAGCAGUCAAAAUGUGCGAUUUAUGACGUGAAAUUAAGACCAUGAUAAAAAAUUUGUGACUGAUGCCGCGUUUAAGAAAAAGACUCUGAUAAACAAUACUCUCGUGACCUUUAAAUUGUAGAACUAUUUCAGAUGAGAUGGAACCGGCACUUCGUGGUGUAUUGACUAGCGAGUGUGAAGAACGGUGAAACACUGUUGUGAUACUGUCAUGUUAGGAGAAUAUGAAAACGGAUAGGCGUAAAAUGGUAUCGAUGGAGUCACAGCAAUUCAUAAGGACGAUUGAGUGGGAAAUGAUGGACAAAAAGAAGUUUGUCCCUUUGAGUAUGUUGAGUUCAUUCUCCAUUAGAUGCUUCCUGUACCCACUAACAGUAAUCAAAACUAGACUUCAGGUACAACGACACGAUCAGAUGUACACAGGUUUGUUUGAUGCUUGGACUAAAAUAUAUCGUCAUGAAGGAAUAGCAGGCCUGUAUAGGGGCUUCUGGGUUAGUUCCUUUCAGAUUGUGUCUGGUGUUUUUUACAUAUCAACAUAUGAAGGAAUGCGACAUUUUCUGAGCCGCUGUGAAGUGGACUCUCGUGUUAAAGCCCUGGUUGCGGGAGGUUGUGCAUCACUAGUUGGGCAGACAAUCAUAGUUCCAUUUGAUGUUCUUAGUCAACACUUGAUGGUACUGGGUAUUGUGAGUGGAAACACAAAGAAAGAGAUGCUUCUGAAUCCAUUGGGCAUUUCUUUAAAACCUGGCCGAUCUCGUCUUGAAGUAACCAUUGAUAUAGUACGACAAGUGUACAUACAGGAUGGUUUCAAGGGAUUCUAUAGAGGCUAUGUUGCAUCACUAUUUACUUAUGUGCCAAAUAGUGCUAUGUGGUGGGGAUUCUACCAUUUCUAUCAAGAUAAAUUACAUUCUGUGUUUCCUGCUUGGGUUUCACACUUGUUUAUACAGUGUGUGUCUGGAACUCUUGGAGGCUUUACAACUACUUUGUUAACAAAUCCUCUUGACAUAGUUAGAGCUCGUCUCCAGGUGCAGAGAAUAGACUCUAUUCAACAAACUUUCAGUAUAUUAUGGGCAGAAGAACGACUGAGAAUAUUUACAAAAGGAUUAUCGGCACGUCUUGUACAGUCUGCCUGUUUUAGUUUUGCCAUCAUCCUGGGAUACGAAAGUAUUAAGAGGAUGAGCAUUAAUGAAGAAUACAAAAAACAUAUUAGAUGGUAGAUAAAUGUGGGAAUUAGUUUCAGUUUAUGACUGUUGAACACUUUUUGUUUUAAUUUAUUGACUGUUAUUUCAUUAUUACUUUAUAUGUUUGCUUCAACUCAUUAUUCAUCAUAAUGGGUUGGCACACACAAUUUUUAAACUGUGUGUAUACUGUUAGUCAAUCUUUAACUAUGUCAUCAGUUCCCUUAAGUUGUAGUCAUUUGUUGAGCUUGAAAAGUAUGU